GCUCCGAUUAAGGCACGUCAGUAAUACCCCCGGAAGUGUGGAUGGGGUAGCAUGGCCACUUUUUUUCUGACCGUCUCCUCACUGAACAUUUGGAAGGAGAGAGGACUAAAAUUAUUUCAAAUGUUAAAGACUGAUUUCAAGGGUGAUGAUUUCGUUAUUUUGCAAAUGGAAAGAAACCGCAUGAACCAGUGUUGGAAAACAGAGCGGACUGGCGAGAAGAUUCUGUGAGCCAGAAAGUAGGGCAGCAAGGAGGCAAUUCCGUGACGUGUCCCCCUCACAGCACUCCCAGGAGUGCUGGAAUCGGAGCUUUCUGUGAUGGCCAUGCGUUUAUGAGAUCCAUGAAUUAAAAUAUAAUUCAAUCGAUCGGUCACUUAAGAAAUACCUCGGUACAGCUACCCCAUCCACACUUCCGGGGGUAUUACUGACGUGCCUUAAUCGGAGCUUUCUGUGAAUAACGCGGGCUUUUCAAAUUUAUUUUGAAUAGUCCAAUGAGAGUUGUCGUCUCUUUCUCAUCCAAUCAAGAGACAGAGUUUGUCUAUAAAGAGCGGUCUGCGCGCUCGGCUCGAUUCAUUCUGCUUCUUGUUUUCAGAGUUAAGAGAAGUGAUUGUGCAGAAUGGCCAGGACCAAGCAGACCGCCCGUAAAUCUACCGGUGGCAAAGCCCCUCGUAAACAGUUGGCUACUAAGGCUGCUCGGAAGAGCGCGCCUGCCACUGGGGGAGUGAAAAAGCCCCAUCGUUAUCGCCCCGGUACUGUGGCCCUACGAGAGAUUCGCCGUUAUCAGAAAUCUACUGAGCUGCUCAUCCGCAAGUUGCCCUUCCAGCGCCUGGUGCGUGAAAUCGCCCAGGAUUUCAAGACUGACUUGCGCUUCCAGAGUUCGGCUGUUAUGGCCCUGCAGGAGGCUAGUGAGGCAUAUCUAGUUGGUCUCUUCGAGGAUACCAACCUAUGUGCUAUUCAUGCUAAGAGAGUCACGAUUAUGCCUAAGGAUAUCCAGUUGGCCCGGCGCAUCCGUGGGGAAAGAGCGUAAAGCCCCUCUUUUGCAACCACUUAAAAACCCAAAGGCUCUUUUAAGAGCCACCACGUUUACACGGAAAAGAGCUGUAUCCCUGCUUUAAUAUUUUAAGUGGCUUGGAAAGGUACAUACAUAGUAUGUUAUCCUUGCGGAAGGUAAAACAGCUCGCUGUUGGCCUAGGAUUUUUUUUUUAAGCUUAAUGCACGAACACUUAA